AUGCUCAACGAAUUGAACGAAGCAGGGAAGAGAAUAGUACGAAUAAACAGAAAGAAGACACAGUUCAUGAAGAACGCCCACUGCGAGGACGGAGAAGUACAACUUGAAGGCUCCCAAAUCGUGGAAACUCCAUCAUACGUAUACCUUGGACGUUCUAUGAACAUGGAAAACCACUUGAAGGAAGAAUUGAAUAGAAGAAUGAGAGCAGCAUGGGCAGCAUUCGUACCCGUCAGGAAAGCUACGGACCAACUGACGGACCAAAAUCUUCGUGCCUAUCUGUUCUACUCGACAGUUCUUCCAGCGCUCUGUUACGCAGCGGAGACGUGGGCAGACACCGCGGCCACGUCUAGGAAGCUACUUACCACCCACAGAGCCCUUGAGAGAUGUCUCCUGAAGUUUAACCGGCGCACACCUUCGUAG